AUGAAGAGCCAGUUUAUCUUUGCUUUUGCAGCUCUUUUUAUGAUAGCAUCGUUGAUUACGGAAGGCGAUUGCAUCACUAAUCUCCAUCCUGCGGGUAAAGUGAGAAAGGUAAUAUACUGGAACGAAAACAUUCUAAUACGACUUGGACAAUUAUUUCCAACCGAUUUACUAAAACACCAACGCACGGAAAAAGCAUAUAGGAUAAGCCAUUUCCGAUUUUCAAAAACUCUCACUUUCAAAACAAGGAUACGUGUAAAACUUUUCCUGUGAAAAUGAGAUUUAUUUGCGUGAGAAUCAUUUUUAUAUUAUUUAAGGUGACUCGACCCAGUUAUUUUAUGAGGGUACCAUCCUACUUUGAAGUUCUCUGGUAUCCCCACUUUUACUUUGAUCAUAAGUCUAACAUAUAGCAUGGAUAACAUUUUGAUCAAUCUACAAUAUAGCAUAAAAUUUUUGGCGAUCGGAGUAAAUGUCACGUGGUUAUAGUGCCACGCCUCUUUGGGGUCUGAGACAGAAUUCUGCUGUUACCGGCAUUUUUUCUUGAAAAUCUCUCGGCUGCAUAUACUUCACACUAGUGCCUUGCGUUGACCAGAGUUUCACCAAAUCGCAAAGAACCAAUGCGAGAAAUUCAGCGGUUUCCAAAUUUAGGUCAUAAUUUAUGUGAAAAUGAUAAGCAAACUUUACACAAUUAUAUCUAAUAGACUAUGAGAUUCACCUCUGUUUUUUGGGCAUCGUUAUAACAGAUGGGUCCUUGCAAGUCAGCAAAAAGCUUUAGGGCCUUGCAAAUGCGCGUGAUUUCGAGAAAUUUAAACAUAUAGAAAUUAUAGUUUUUGCUAUUUGUUGACGUUUGCCAGAGUUUGAGAGUCCUUCUCACGAAAAAAGCAUUUUCUUCAAAAUUUUUUCAGGGCCACAAUUGAUUUACUAACUACCCGGAUUCUGAAUUUCAUAGUCAUUGAAAAACUGUGACAUUAUCUUCUAUAAGCCGAAACUUGAGUAAACAUUGAAGUUUUUUAGCAUUUUGGCAGAGUUUGUGCUUUGGGAGUUUUCUAUUGUGUCUAGUUGUGUUUUCUAUUGUGUCUAGUCUGUCAUGAUACAUUACUAUUAAGGCGAGAGAGGAAGUUCACGGAAAAGAGAUCGAGUAGCAUUUCUUGAUUUUUUUGCAAAGACACAAGAAGUUCGAGAAUUGAUUAAGAAUCGUGAGUUAUACAUCUAUCUAUCACGCGAUCGCCUGUCUCACUGUACCAGAAAUUAUCAUAUCUCGCGGAGCAUUCGGAAGUCAGCCGAGCGCGGUCAUUGCAUACGUGCUGAACAAGAAUGCUGUAUCAUGACAGACUUGACACAAUAGAAAACUCACAAAGCACAAGCUCAGCCAAAACGCUAAAAAUCUUCAAUGUUUACUCAAGUUUCGGCUUAUAGAAGAUAAUUUCACAGUUUUUCAAUGACCAUGAAAUUCAGAAUCCUGGUAGUUGGUAAAUCAGUUGUGGUCCUGAAAAAAUUUGAAGGAAAAAAACUACGAGUUUUUAAGAAAAUGCUUUUUUCGUGAGAAUGACUCCCAAACGCUGACAAACGUCAACAAAUAGCUAAAACUAUAAUUUCUAUAUGUUUAAAUUUCUCGAAAUCACGCGCAUUUGCAAGACCCUAAAGCUUUUUGCUGACUUGCAUGGACCCAUCGGUUAUAAAGAUCCCUAAAAUAAAGGGAUAAAUCUGAUAGUUUAUUAGGUAUAAACGUGUAAAGUUUGCUUGUCAUUUUCACAUAAAUUAUGACCUAAAUUUGGAAACCGCUGACUUUCUCGUACUGGUUCUUUGCGAUUUGGUGAAACUCUGGUCAACGCAAGGCACUAAAGCGAACUAUAUGCACCCGAGAGAUUUUAACGAAAAAAUGCAGGCAACAGCAGAAUUUCGUUUCAGACCCCAAAGAGGCGUUGCACUAUAACCACGUGACAUUUACUCCGAUCGCCAAAAAUUUUAUGCUAUAUUGUAGAUUGAUCAAAAUGUUAUCCAUGCCAUAUGUUAGACUUUUGAUCAAAGUAAAGGUGAGGACACCAGAGAACUUCAAAGUAGGAUGGUACCCUCACAAAAUAACUUUCCAGGGUCGAGUCACCUUAAUAGCCUCGCACUUAGCCCCGCUUUGAAACCGCCUUGAGCAACGUAACUCGGAAACAACCCAUCUCCGUGACACAAACAAAAGGCAAGGGGCACACAUACACGAACCCUUGGCCUGGCCAGUACUUUAAAGAUGCACACCGCCAUAACUCCGGGCAGUGGCAGCCAUAAAUAGCUGUUUCCACGCCUCUUAUUAUAGACAGAGGUAUUGAGUUGAUAUUUCACCUGAUUUUGUCAAUUUUUUUCUUUUUUACACCUAACAAACUCAAUCAGAGGACAAUGCAGAUUUGCCGUACAGCAAGAAGCCUUGGCUGCAGGAAUAUAGAACAAGAAAUGGCUGAGGACCCCAUGAAAGAAGGAAGAGCUCGAAGUGAAGUAAAACAGAGGAGUUUUCUAUUGUGUCUAGUUGUGUUUUCUACUGUGUCUAGUCUGUAAUGAUACCUUACUAUUCGGGUGAGAGAGGAAGUUCGCGGAGAAGAGAUUGAGUAGCAUUUCUUGAUUUUUUUUGCAAAGACACAAGAAGUUCGAGAAUUGAUUAAAAAUCGUUAGUUAUACCUCUAUGUAUCACGCGAUCGCCUGUCUCACCGUACCAAAAAUUAUCAUAUCUCGGUGAGCAUUCGGAAGUCAGCCAAGCGCGGUCAUUGCAUGCGUGCUGAACAAGAAUGCUGUAACAUGACAGACUAGACACAAGAAUAGCAAAUUUCCAAAGCACAAACUCAGCCAAAACGCUAAAAAUCUUCAAUGUUCACUCAAGUUUGGGCUUAUAGAAGAUGAUAGGGCCAUUUAUACGAGGAAAAAUAAGACGCGUCUUAAAUAAGACGCGAACUGUACCAUUUAUACGAGCAUGUCUUAUCUAAUAAGACGCGUCUUAGCUAAGCCGCGUCUUAUUUUAGACGAAAUGUGCCGUUUAUAAGGAAAGUUCGCGUCUUCUUCAAGACGCGUCUUAUUUUUCCUCGUAUAAAUGGCCCUAAUGUCACAGUUUUUCAAUGACCAUGAAAUUCAGAAUCCGGGUAGUUAGUUAAUCAAUUGUGGCCCUGAAAAAAUUUGAAGGAAAAAUCUACGAGUUUUUAAGAAAAUGCUUUUUUCGUGAGAAGGACUCCCAAACGCUGACAAACGUCAACAAAUAGCUUAAACAAUAAUUUAAUUUCUAUUUGUUUGGAUUGCUCGAAAUCGCGCGCAUUUAUAAGGCCCUAAAGCUUUUUGCUGACUUAAAAUGACCCAUCUGUUAUAAAGAUCCCCAAAAUAAACGGAUAAAUCUGAUAGUUUAUUAGAUAUAAUCGUGUAAAGUUUGCUUAUCAUUUUCACAUAAAUUAUGACCUAAAUUUGGAAACCGCUGAAUUUCUCGCAAUGGGUGUUUGCUAUUUUGGUGAAACUCUGGUCAACGCAAGGCACUAAUGCGAACUAUAUGUAAGCGAGAGAUUUUCACGAAAAAAUGCCGGCAAUAGCAGAAUUCCGUCUUAGACCCCAAAGGGGCGUGGCACUAUAAUCACGUGACAUUUACUCGGAUGGCCAAAAAUUUUAUGCUAUAUUGUAGAUUGAUCAAAAUGUUAUCCAUGCUAUAUGUUAGACUUAUGAUCAAAGUAAAGGUGGGUAUACCACAGAACUUCAAAGUAGGAUGUUUCCUCACAAAAUAACUGGGUCGAGUCACCUUAAUAGCUUCGCACUUAGCCCCGCUUUGAAACCGCCUUGAGCAACGUAACUCGGAAAUAUCCCAUUUCCGUGACACAAACAAAAAGCAAGGGGCACACAUACACCAACCCUCGGCCUGGCCAGUACCUCAAAGAUGCACACCGCCAUGUCCCCGGGCAGUAUGGAUAGCUGUUUCCAUACUUCUCAUAGAUAUUGAUUUGAUAUUUCACCUGAUUUUGUGAAUUUUUUUCUUUUUUACCCCUAACAACUCAAUCAGAGGACAAUGCAGAUUUGCCGUGCAGCAAGAAGCCUUGGCUGCAGGAAUAUAGAACAAGAAGUGGCUGAUGACCCCAUGAAAGAAGGAAGGGCUCGACGUGAAGUAAAAGAACGCUGA